AUGGCGCCAACGACUCGACGCCGAUUCAGCCCGCUCGCAUUCACACCUGGCCCAGUUACCAUCGUAUCAUCCCUGAUAUACAUUGCAUUCCUCGUUCCACUAAUUGUUAUUCAACACGUUGUCCCGCCUGCGCCCAGGUCGAACCCAACGGGCAUUGAUUUAUCCGAGGCAUGGUCUGAUCUGCAGCAUUUGACCGGUGGGUUUCAUCCGUAUAACAGUCGCAGGAACGAUGACGUCCGCAAAUGGUUAUUGCAGCGCGUAGACAAUAUCUUGGAUACGUCGCGCCAGGCAUACAGCAUCGAUGGUGCAACAAGUGUUGCGGCCCCGGAUGUGAUUGUGUUUGAUGAUACGCUUUCCAAUUUGACGUUUUCUGAUGGCCGCGUUGGAAACAAGCCUAUCACGGGUGUCUACUUCGAAGGAACAAACAUUAUUAUUUACAUUCGGGGCAGUGACGACGAUAAAGAGACAUGGUGGGAUGUUCCUAAUGGCAAACCAAAAGGCAAGGGAGGGGUCCUCGUCAACGCUCAUUAUGACAGUGUGUCAACUGGGUACGGAGCUACUGAUGACGGCGUUGGAGUCGUGACGGUACUUCAGCUCUUAAAGUACUUUACUUUCCCCGGCCACCAACCUCGCAAGGGUCUUGUUCUUCUUUUGAAUAACGGCGAAGAGGAUUAUCUUAAUGGUGCCCGCGCAUUUGCCCAACAUCCAUUAUCAAAAUUCACACAUACAUUCCUGAACCUGGAGGGUGCUGGUGCGGGUGGACGUGCAGCCCUAUUUCGAACAACAGAUAUGGAGGUUACGCAAUUCUACGGGAAAGCCAAACAUCCAUUUGGCUCUGUGAUCGCUGCAGACGGCUUUAAGCUGGGGCUCAUCCGCAGUGAAACGGAUUACGUUGUGUUCAAUGGUGCUAUGGGGCUACGAGGCCUGGAUGUCGCUUUCAUGGAACCUAGAUCACGCUAUCAUACGGAUCAAGAUGAUGUGCGACAUACAAGUAUGGGUUCUCUUUGGCACAUGUUGUCAGGGGCCAUCGCAACUAUAGAAGGCCUAGUAUCCUACACGGGUAACAAUUUUGACGGCCCAGCUACCAAAAAUGGCCAUGUAAACAGUGGAACGGGCACAUAUGGUGUUUGGUUCGAUUUCCUUGGCUCAUCGUUUGCCGUGUUCCGCCUACAUACCCUCUUUGGAGUGUCCGUGGCUCUUCUUGUGCUUUGCCCCAUUAUUCUAUUCAUCACGGGUAUAAUUCUGAGCAAGAUGGACAAGAUGUACCUCUUUUCUGUGUACAAAACUAUACCGGAAACCUGGGAGACUAUACCAGUUCAAGGUUUGCGAGGCGUAUUUCGCUAUCCCGUCAUCCUUAUCGUCUCGUCCGGAAUACUCAUGGGCCUAUCUUACCUGCUUGCUAAGGUAAAUCCUUUUAUCGUUCACAGCAGCAGGUAUGCUGUAUGGAGCAUGAUGAUAUCUGUUUGGAUAUUUGUUACGUGGUUCUUGAGCUGCGUAGCCGAUUUUUCCAGGCCGUCGGCAUUGCACAGAGCAUACGCCUUUACUUGGCAAUUCCUUUUCAUGUGGGCUGCACUUGUGGCCAAUACAGUCCUGGAAAAUCAGUAUCAUAUCGCAGCAGGUUUUCCUGUAGUAUUCUACUUUGCUGCGACAUUCUUGGCCACUCUACUGUCCUACCUGGAACUUUUCGCCCUGCCUAAGAAAACUGAGUAUGCUCGGGAUCAGAGCCAGUUCCCUGACCGAGUUUCGAGCAGCCGCAGCAGCCGGCUCAUGUCACCUUCGGCAGAGGAGUUGCCAUUGCCAUCUAGCAGCAGUAGACUUAGUUAUGAAGCAACCCAUGAUGAGGAUGAAGAGCCCACAGAAUCUACCACUUUGCUUGGCAGACAACCAAGACCUACUUUCGCAAACUAUAUGAGGACAAGGCUGGAUCCGGAAGGCGGCGAUGCUACUGACGACGAAGGAUAUAUCGAAACCGGUGUUUUUGGCGAAGAGCAGAAAUGGAGCGCAACCUUGCCUUCAUGGAUAUGGAUUAUACAAUUCCUCCUACUCGCACCUAUCGCCGUACUUUUUAUUGGCCAAAUUGGCCUUUUCCUUACGUCGGCUAUGAAUCAAGUUGGCGCCGAUGGAAUCCGAAUGCUUGUGGUUUACGCCGGAAUAUCUGGACUGUCCAUAUUGCUUCUUCUACCACUCGCACCAUUUGUUCACCGGGUCACUUACCACAUUCCUACAUUCCUCCUGCUUGUCUUCAUUGGCACCCUCAUCUACAACCUUGUCGCUUUCCCAUUCUCUUCCGACAAUCGCCUGAAAGUAUUCUUUGUCCAAGAAAUGGAUCUAGAUACCGGUCGAAAUGAAGCUUCUUUGGUGGGCGUCGAUCCGUUCAUUAAAGACAUAGCGGCCUCCAUACCAAGCGCAUCAGGAAACAUAACCUGCGUUCCAGAUAAGAUGGCUGGACGAAGUAAAUGCUUUUGGAAGGGCCUCGCCCCUAAUGUUGUUGAUGGAACACCCAGCGACAAGUGGCUCACGUUUAAUAUGACCGAACCUACAACCCAGACAAAAAAGAACAAGCCUACCUUGCUUCACUCCCGAUUCCAUAUCUCCGGUAAAAACACCCGGGCUUGCAAACUUCGAUUCAACAACGCCGUGAGCGAUUAUUCCAUCUCCGGCUCCGCUCUAGACAGCCGGAUGCCCCAUACCGUCCCGCAAGGUAUCUCUGAUAUCCGGCUUUGGAGCCGGACGUGGGAGAAUAACUGGAUCGUUGACGUUUGGUGGGAUAAAGAUGACUUUCAAGAAUUGCAUGGGAAGGCUGCGUGUUUGUGGAGUGAUGCUAACGAACCUGGGGCCAUACCCGCGUUGGAUGAACUAAGGCUGUUUGCGCCACCGUGGGUGGCUAUCUCAAAAGCCCAUGAUGGGCUAGUUGAGGCGAGUCGUAACUUUUGA